AAUAAUAUGGAACCAUAUCAUUGGAGAACCCAGCCCACCCGCCAUGGACCUCAGGGCACUCUCCUUGCUGCCCACAAAGACUUGGGUGGGAAAGACUCAAAGGCAUUUGGGCCACUCAGGACUUCCCCAGCUGUGUCUGGGUUGGGAAGGGGAUAAUGAUGGAGAACUAGCCAGUGGGGCUGUCAGCAGUGGGGACUUUUUAAAAGAAAAUUAUUUUGAUGAAUAUAUUUAAAUUUUUUAUUGUGGAGUAUAGGAAUUGUCCCCCACGCCUGGGCCUUAUCCUGUUUGAACAGGGUAGGGCAAAGCCGUUGGUCCCGAGGGGUCUUUUCACCUCUGGCUGAGAGCAUUGGUGCGUUUUCUGAUGACUGAGUGCUUCAGCCUACCCUUUCACCUUCCCUUCCCUCUGCAAAGCUCAAGGCUGGUUUGCACUCAGUGUGGAAGAGCUCAGACUGGUGCCACAGAUCAACACUGAGCAAUGAAGGGUCUCUUCAUCUGUCUGGGAUAUAAGAUGUCUGUUGUACAUGACUCUGUUCCCCAUUUGCCUGGAAACUAAAGACUGAGUAUGGCAAAAUCAGUGACUUUUCCAACUAGGGAAACCCUGUGACCUCAAAAUUCACUGACAUGUUUUGGAACAGCUGGAAGAACAAGUAGCAUGGAUAACCUGCCACUGAGCAGGGUUGUUGCCAGGCAGGGUAUAGAAGCCAUCUAUAUAUUGUUGGGCUGUGGAAGCUACUUUGGCAGCAGUGAAUGUUGCAGCUUCUUGUGCAGAUAGACCCUUCAGCCUGGAAGUGGUAACAUGUGCCAAAGGCUACUCUGCACGUCACUUCCUUACCAAAAGUCUAAGAGUGUUUAUGUGUGCACAUAGCAGACUAAUGAACAUCAGAUUCUGCCGACUAGUCAGCAUUGUGCCCUUGAAGCUAAGCAGGGAUCCCCAGGGAAUAGCCCUAUGUAGGCUUGGUCAUUUGUGGGCUCUUCCUGGGCCUGACAAUUGGAGUGGUGGGUGGAUAGGAAGAGUAAUGCCUGAGUGGGUACAGGUUCUGAAAAGGGGACUUCUAAGCCAGCCUAGCCAUAGUCCUGGGUGUUUGGAGAAAGUGGGAGGGCAUCGUGGGUCUGCAGCACUGGGUUUCUAGGGAAAUUUGGCCUGGCUCCUUUGAGGGCAACAAGAAUCAAACAGGGUCAUGUGAUCUUUGAAUAAAGCUCCAUGAGCUAGGCUGGAAAGCUGAACAUCUAUCUGCUGUUCUUUUGGCCACCUCUCUCCUGUGACCCCUGUACCCCACCUGAGAGCUGGGACCUAGAGUCACGUAUGGUUCCUGCCCUAUGGUAUUAUGGGCCCUGAGGCCUCAUUGGGCCCCUUUCAAAUUGAGGUGGCACUCCAUCCUCACUGCCUGAGACUAGUACCCUACUACCCCAAACUACUCAGCCUGUUCUCUUAUUAGCUGUGGCUUCCUGUCUCCCUCCAUCCUCAGGGGAAUGGGAGCUGAGCAAAGGCUCAGAGAUCACUCUUUCUUUGCGCCCCCCCCCCAAGGUCAAGGCUGCUUUCGCAGCCCUGAGUCCCACAACCUCUGCAGCCACCUCUGGUCUUGGUUGCUCUAAGGUAGAGGCUUAGUUCCUCUUACUGCACCCCCACCCAUCCCCCAAUGGACUGAGAAUCACCCCUGGGAGGUGGGGGUGCAAACUCUGGGUCAACUCUUGGAGAUCCUGGAUUCUUUGGAAGGAGUUUUCCCAUGCAUUCUGCAGCCUAGGUGAUAGACGGUAGGUGGAGUUGCUCAGAGAAGAAAUGUGACUACGACAUGAAGAAAUGGAUUUUAGCCUCCUGCAUCCGAAUCACUUCCGAACCUUAUUCCUUGGUCUUUCAGACCUGAUUCAUCCCUGCCUGUUGUCACCAGCUUUCCUGGCCGAUCACAGAAACCUAAACUUAGGGUCACACACUACCCACAGGUGCAUGCCCUAGAGGCCCUGGCAUGAUUCUUGGGGAGCACAGCUUCAGAUUUUAUCUGAUUCUAAUUCUGUACCUGCCAAGUCCCAGCCCCUGGGCUACUGGAGCUGGUGUUGAAGAAGUGCCUUCUUGGUUAUUUAGAAUCCGCUCUGAGUGUGGCUGGGAGUUUUGUACACCAGCCAGUCAGGGAAGUUGCUAUUUCCUGUGGUGAGGGUUUUGGGGCCAGGCAGCCACACUGAGCCUUGGAGCUACCCACAAGCUUAGAGGGCUUAAGAGCCAAGUAAGAUCAAGACUUAACUAGUGAGCCUACACAAGUAGCUGUGAAUGUGAAGGGUGGGGCUGAGGAGGUGGGGAAACAGAGGAGCUAGGAUGGUAAUGGGCUGGUAUAGCAUUGAGUUUAAAAAGGUCUUGGCUCUAUAGAAAGUGAAGGGUGGAAGGGGCACCACAGUCCUGACCCUCAGCAAGACAGUCCUGAUCUGUCUCACCCACUAGGGGUCCUUAGUGGGGUGAGAGUUUGGAGAGGGGGCCUGGGAAUUCUGUCUUCUGUGAGCAUUGCGUCAAAGGGGUGGAGCAGCCUGUUUGGGAUUGGGAUUCCUAGUUAAAACGGAAGUGAAAGUGAAAUCAUGGUUGGGAGCUUUCCCAGAAGCUGACUCCAUCCCGCCCUUCCCAGAACAAGGGCUGUCAACGGAGAGUGUUGCUUCCCAGACUUGCUUGCUCCUGAUACAAGUCAUCAUGACCAUGAGACAUUGGUGGACAACAGACCCCAAUUUUUGGUGGGUCCUGCUUCUGUAUGUCCAUGUUGUCAUUCUGGCCAGAGCUACAGCUGCACCUCAGACAACUGCCACUGUCUUUACUGGGAGCUCCAAGGACCCGUGCUCUUCCUGGUCUCCAGCAGGCCCAACUAAGCACUACCCAGCAGUGGACGUGAUCUGGCCAGAGGAAGAAGUACCAUUGAAUGGAACGCUGACCUUAUCCUGUACUGCCUGCAGCCGCUUCCCCUACUUCAGCAUCCUCUACUGGCUGGGCAAUGGUUCCUUCAUUGAGCACCUACCAGGCCGGCUGAGAGAGGGUCACACAAGUCGGGAACACAGGAAUACAAGCACCUGGCUACAGAGAGCCCUGGUGCUGGAGGAACUGAGCCCCAUGUUACGAAGCACCAAUUUCUCCUGUUUGUUUGUGGACCCUGGACAGGUGGCCCAGUAUCACAUCGUUCUGGCCCAGCUCUGGGAUGGGUUGAAGACAGUUCCAUCCCCUUCUCAAGAAAUCCUCUCCAGCCACAGCCCAGCACCCACAUCAGCAGGGCCAGGGGUUACCAUGAAGCCAGCCAAAGCAUGACUGGAGCCUGGUUCUCAUCUACCUGAAGGGUAUAGGCUUUGGUUGUCCCUGUGCAGCUGAUUCUCAAAUUCAAGCUUCAUUUCUACCUAGAAUAUUACAGUAAUUAAAUUAGGCCCUUAGAAUUCCU